CUGGGUCAAAAUCCCAUAAUUCCUUUGACACUAUCUUCUUUUCUAAAAGUGUGCCUUUUCUAUAGAUAGAAAACGAAUAGUUUUGUGUGGAUGACAUUAGGGGUUUUCUCCCUAUUUGGAGGUUAGAUGGUCCCUGAAAUCGGAGUUUUUUUGUUGGGUCGAACAGGUUCAUUUCCUCAUUGAAUUUGGUCCUCCAUAGAUAUCUGUGUUUUUUUUGUUCUUCAAUUUUUCCCUUUUAAUUUUAUUAUCUAAAGGAUUUUUGUUGUUAGCAAACAAAAGAAAAAGCAAAACAGAGUUUUUCUGAUUUGGGUUUUGAUCAUUUUCAAAUAAAAUUAGAGUUUUAGGUUCUUAAUUCAUUAUUCUCUUAGAAUCAAGUGCUUCAGAUGCAAAGUUCCAUUGGUUUUAGAGAUAAAUUUUAUUUCUUUAUUCAAUUAAUUAUGGAGAGAAAGAGUGUUUUUACAAUUUAAUUAGGUCAUUCUUUUAAGAAAGUUUUGAUUUUUCAGAGAGAAUUUAAGGGUUUCAAGGCUGUCAAUAUUAAAGACUUUAUUUUCUCACACGGGUGUAGAUUUUAGUUUUUGAACAAAGAGAAAUGAAUAUAAGCAUUGAAGGAAAAUGAAAUUCUUAUUCUUUUCAAGUACUGAGCAAGUAUCAAUAAAAUUAGGAGGAAAAUAAUAAAGUUUAGGGUUAAUUAUUGAAUAAUUUUGAUUUUAAAAUUAUUUAAAACCCAAAAAAGAUUGAAGUUUUUGGGCUGUUUUGGUUGGAUACCAAUUUCUCAAAUAAAUUAGAUUUUUUGUGUUUGAUUAUUAUACAUAAAUAACAUGUUUUUGAGUGAGGUUAAGAAGCAAGCAUCAUUCUUUCUCAAAGAGAAGCUUAAGUCUGCAAGGCUGGUUCUCACAGAUGUGACUCAUGCUGAACUGUUAACUGAGGAAGCAACAAAUGGGGAUCCAUGGGGGCCUGAUGCUAGGACCAUGAGGAUCAUAUCUCAGGCUGCCUUUGAAGUUGAUGAAUAUUGGAGAAUUAGUGAUAUUCUUCAUAGGAGGUUUUACACAAUUGACAAGAAAAAUUGGAGACAAUCUUACAAAUCUCUUGUGUUGCUGGAAUACCUUCUUACUCAUGGCCCAGACAGCUUCGCUGAAGACUUUGAAAGAGAUAAACAUGUCAUUGAAGAAUUAGCAAAUUUUCAAUACGUAGACGAGAGAGGCUUGGAUUGGGGACGGAACAUGCGAAAGAAAUCGGAGAGCAUUCAGAAGCUUCUCGAUGACAACGAAUUCCUCACAGAGGCUCGCAUAAAUGCUCACAAGCUGUCGAGAGAAAUCCAGGGCUUCGGGAGCUUCAAUUCGAGAUCAUCGUCGUCCUCUCAGUCUACACCUCCUGCAAAAACCACACUGAGAUCCUCUUCUUUUGGCUACUAUCCAAGCAGCUGCUCCUCUUACAGUAACAACAAGAACAAGGCCCCUGCAAAAGAAGGAGACCUUGAUACUUUGCCUGAAGAAAUGGAGAGGAGAGAGAAACCCAUUCUGUUAGAAUUUGAUAGAAAAAUCAAAGGUGGUGGCCAUGAAGUAGAGAGAAGUUUAGAGAAAGAACACCCAUUUUGUCAGAAUGAUGAAGAGGAUUCCAAUGCUCUGCUUUCUGGUGAUUGUAAGAAGGGUGGUGACCCUGAUAUGAACAACUUUCCACAUACAAAGAGGCUAUUGAGCAAGAACUUUGAUUCUCAGUUGUCCAUGAAGAGCAGGGGACUUGAAGUUUGAGAGAGAGAAAGGUAUAAAACUUUUUCUCUCUCCAAAAAGACAAAAAAAAUGUAUAAAAUUUGGAUUGAGAGCCUAUAUCUCUCUAUAUGAUGUAGAAAGAAGGAAUGUAUAAACUAUAAAGUAAUAUCUCUCUCUUUAAAUUUGGAUUAAGAACCUUUAUCUCUCUAUAUGAUGUAGAAAGACGGAAUGUUUAAAGUAAGAUCUCUCUCUGUGAGUUCUUGUAAAUGGAAAGGAAAUAAAGUUUGAAGUGAGAUGGUUUAGAUUCU